CGACGGUGAAGCCAAGAGAAACCAUCCCGACUCUCUCCCAAAAUUCCCAGAAAUGGCUACGCCCAAUCAGCUGGAUAAUUCUUGAUUCCAUAAGAAAUCGCAUUUUUAGGGAGUAAUAUUUGUUCAUCAGCUCAGAUCAAAACUUCUCUGCGCAUUGGCCAAAUUGGCAGCGGCAUUUCAGAUCUGCACUCCCAUAUACUCCACUGCUUCACCUCAAUUUCUCCCAAGUUGCUGGGUGAAGCAGUAUACUUCUCUACAGGAGAAAUCCACACACAAUGUCAACAGAGGGGGGUGAUAACCACAUUGAUUCAGAGAAUCACAUAGAGGAUGAUAUGAGAUUUCAGAAUCAACACAGUAACAUAACUGAUAAGGAUGAAUCAGGUCUUGCUAAAGAGAAUCCUUUGCACAAUAUUGACCAGUUUAGAAGUGAUGGCAGCGAUGAUCUCAUACAAAUGGUUGUAGAUCUUAAUUUCCAGAAUGAUUAUUUGAAGUCUCAAAUUUCGGGGUUGAAAGACGCCAAUGUAAGUUCUGCUCCGGGCCAAUUAAACUAUAUAAUGAAGCAUGAUGAUGGCUCAAAUGCUAAUGGCAGAGAGUUUCAUGAAAAGUUGGAACAUCUGGAAAAACAGCUUUUAGAGGAAAGACAAACCAGGAGUGCCGCAGAGGAAGCUGUGAAGCACCUUCAAACUGUGUACUUAGAAGCUGACACGAAGGUCCAAGAGCUUUCAAAUAAACUUACUGAAGCCCAACAGAAGAUGGAUAAAGAACUGAAAGACCGCGAUGAGAAAUAUUCUGAGCUUGACUCCAAGUUCAUCAGGCUUCACAAGCGAGCUAAGCAGCGCAUUCAAGAUAUUCAGAAGGAGAAAGAAGAUCUCGAGGCUCAGUUUCGUGAUGUCAAUGAGAAAGCUGAAAGUGCUUCUUCACAAUUGUCAGCACUGCAGCUAGAACUAGAGCGCAGUAGACAGCAAGCUCAGGAUGCACUUAAAGCAUUGGAUAUGGAGAGGCAACAAUUAAGAAGUGCAAACAAUAAGCUUCGAGAUAAUAUUGAAGAACUGCGUCGCUCUUUGGCACCUAAGGAAAAUGCUGUGGAGAGUUUACAACAGUCACUAGUAGAAAAAGAUCAGAUGUUGGAAGACAUGAGGGGGUUGCUAAAGGCAGCAGAUGAGAAAAGGCAAGUGUCAUUGGCUGAACUCUCUUCAAAGCAUCAGAAGGAAAUUGAGAACUUGGAAGCCCAAAUUAGUGAUGCAUUAGCUGAAAGGAGCAAAGCAGCUGAAACAAUCUCUAGUCUGAGGGCUGCAAUAGCAGAGAAGGAAUCUAAGAUUGCAGACAUGGAUGCAGCUUCAAGUGGUGAAGCAGCACGUCUAAGGGCCUCCAUUGAAACUGUAAAAGGGGAGCUUCUCCAUCUGAAAAGUGAGCAUGCAAAAGAAAAGGAGAGUUGGGAAGUUACUGCUCAAUCACUCAGAACAAAGCUGGAGGUUGCUGAGAGUAACUGCAUACGCUCUGAAAUAGAAGCUACCAAAAUGAGAAGUCAACUAGAAUCAGAAUUAUCUGCUCGAGUUCAGUUGCUGAAUUUAAAAGAUGCUGAAUUAGUAACUGCGCAAGAGAAGAUAGGCCGCCUUGAAAGCGAAUUCACAUCUUACAAGGUUCGUGCUCAUGCUCUUCUUCAGAGAAAGGAUGCUGAGCUCGCAGCUGCACGAGACAAUGAACAAGUUCAAGCACUGGAGGACUCGCUGAAGGAUGUUGAGAAAGAACUGUUGUUGGUAUCUGCUGAAAGAGACAAAGCUCUUCAAGAUUUGAAGGAGUCAUUGGCUUAUAACCAGAAGGAACUUUCUGAAAGAGAUACAGCUCUUAGCACAGCAGAGCAACAGAUUAGGAGCAUGGAAUCAAAGCUCAAUUCAGCUCUAUCUGCCCAUCAAAGGGAAAAGGAGACAUGGGAGAUAAACCUUCAAAAUGUGGAAGAAACUUGGCGAUUGAGAUGUGAAACGCUGAAGGCACAAAAUGAGGUUACUUUAAGUAAAAACAUGCAAAAAGAACUCGAGGACCUAAAAACACGUCAUAAAAAAUUGAAGGAGGAACAUGAUACAUUUCGUGACCUUGCUGAUAAAAUGAUUGAGGAGAAAGAUGAUGAAAUAUCUAGACUUCUAGAUGAAAAUAAGCAUCUCCGCCAAUCCCUUCACUCAAAGCAAGUAGCUGAUCGCGGUAGCAACUAUGAUGCCGCAUACGAGCAGCGAGAAGCUGUUAAUUCAAAUACCUCUGCUGCAGAACAUCAGAUUCUAAUGUUGGCAAGGCAACAAGCUCAAAGAGAGGAAGAACUUGCUCAGUCACAGCGUCACAUUCUUGCGCUUCAGGAAGAAAUUGAGGAGCUUGAACAUGAAAAUCGUCUCCACAGUCAGCAGGUAUCCAUGUUAAAAGACGAGCUUCGUAACAUGGAUAGAACACAGAAGAGAGAAGGCGUAGAUUUGACUUAUCUAAAAAAUGUCAUCUUGAAACUUUUAGAGACAGGUGAAGUGGAAGCUCUGUUGCCUGUGAUUGCAAUGCUCCUGCAGUUCAGCCCCGAUGAGAUGCUCAAAUGUCAGCAAGCUUAUCGCUCUACAACUAGCAUUCCAGCCAGCCCAGCAAGCGAUACUUCUGCAACAGGAGGAUUGUCUCUAUUCUCUAGAUUCUCGUUUUCUUGAUCACCUACCCAAGAUGACCCGCGAACAGGUGAUGCCCACACUGUCUAGGAGUACUGUGCUGGCCAAAUUUGGUCAUUUUGUCCAGAAUGUCUAAUGCUGUGGCUGAAUUGUUCAAUCAUAUAUAACAAAUUGAGACUGUAAAUUCAAAAGAAAGAAAAUUGCAUGAGAUAUAGAAUGAUAGAACAGGAGGAACCCAAUUUAUUCAUCUGUUUAUAUUGCUUGUUUUUCUUUUUCGGGUUGUUCCAAAAUAAAUUGCUUGUUUCUUA